AUGGCCUUCAGUGAUUUGUGUCACAUAGGGAAUGCGUACAAAACAGUCGAAAAUGAAUCAGACCAGUCAGAACGCAUUAUGGAGGAGAACUCGAUCGUACGAGACCUCAUCACAAAGAUCCUUGAUGAAUCUGUACCCACAGAAGGCGGCAGCAUUGCACAAUCAUCGGAAAAAAGUUUAAAUAGCCUACAACAGAAUUAUCAGAAGAACGAAACGGGGAGUCCGUCGUACGCAUCGCCUUCGUAUUACCAGAACAAUUUGUAUUUCAAUCAGAACGAACAAAACGGCUUCAAUAAUUUCAAUAUUCAGAACGGUUUCGGUGGUAACAAUGGUUUCGUCAAUUACGCGGACAACGACGUUAAUCUACUCGGUCUGGAGCCGGUCCCUGACGCAGGUCCAGAUGCCGUCACCCCUGAGCAGCUGAACCUUCUGAGGCUGGCCGCACAGGAAAUCGGAGGAGCACAGUUCACAAGCCCUAACGCUUUCGACGACAAAUUCUAUAACUUCUUCGAGCCCAGCCAAAGAAACUCCCUGCCCGAUACCAAUAUGUUUCAAGUCAACGAUUACAGUCGACCGAACAGUUUGAACUUGGACAUGAGCCUGAACGCAAAUUACGAUUAUAACAAUCAGAGAUACCCGAACUAUAAAGACCAGAGUCAAGAUCCGACGCAAAUAUUGCAGUAUCUGAACCAAUUGAACAUAUCCUUGGACCGAAAUAGAGAAGAAAGCGCAGUUAAUAACAUGGAUUUCAAGAUGCCAAUGGAUUUAAACGGUCCAUAUCAGCAUGAGCAGUUCAAUAAGCCGGCGGACGAUAAAAUGUUCUAUAGGGGCUACCAACAGCCGCCGCCGAAUAAGAGUUUUGGCGACAAUUUCUAUGACGUAAUGCCGAUGAGUGACCGAAGCCCACUGACCCAGGGCUUCGACUACGCGAACCAGACGCCAACCGGUGUCAACUACAACACUAAUGUCUUCAACCAGAAUGACUUCAUGCAGAGGCGCGACAUGAACGCAUUUCCGAGUAAUGGCGUAAUAAACGAACAGAGAAGCAGUUUUGAGAAUAUAGGGAGGGAGAAUAACAUGCAGCAAGCGUCGGUCGUGCGGCAGAACCAGGAGCUAGCGCGGCAGAUGAGCCUCCUGAUGCGGACCCGGCCUCCGCCCAACCAGCUCAACGUGGACGUCUCGUUUCUGCACGACAACGCACCCUACAAUAUCGGUCUUGGAGCCCUGUUGGGCGCGAGUCCAUCUGUCCCGCCUCCAGUGUUGCCAUCACCAAUGUUGGAUUUACCGCUUUUGGCACCGUUCUACGCAAUGAGAAAUAUGAGGGGCGGCGCGUCGUCGUCGUCGCUGCUGCACGCGCGGCUGGAGGCGUGCUACGAGCAGUGGCGCCAGCUGGAGCGCGAGCGGAAGCGCACGGAGGCCCGCCUGGCGCUCGCCUACCCCGGCCGCGCCGUCUCCUCCUCCAACUCCAUCCCCGUGCCGCGCCUGCCGCCCUGCCCCACCAGGGUCGACAGGCUCACCGUCGACAUGCUCCGGGAGCACACCAAGGUGCUGACGCUUAUGGGCAAGAUGGAAACGUUAAGGGCGAGCGUUUGUGCGAAUCACAAGAAGAACAAACAGGACGACACAAAGAUAACGGUGUUGAAGAGGGGACAAGAGAACGUGGUCAGUGAGAAGCAGAAGGAGAAGGAGACCGGCUGCGACCCGGCCACUUUCGAUCCCUCCACUUGGAGAGACGAUAUCAAGAAUUUAGCUGAGAUCGCGCCGCACGGAGAGGUGGAGAGCGCCAUGGUGGCGUGGCGCAGCGCCGUGGGAGGCGUGCAGGCCGCGCGCCGCCGCGAGCUCGCCCAGCCGCAGCGCGCGCGACCCGACCCGAUCCUGCAGCUGGCGGAGGCGGUGAAGCAGCUGUGCGCGUGCGCGCGGCGGGCCCGCUGCGCCAUGUGGUGCGACCUCACGCUCACCGUGGCGCUGGCGCCGCACCACGCGCGGAGUGAAGCGUCUCAACCCGCCUCCCAACAAGCCUCACCAUCUAAACAAGCCCCUGACAUCUCCAACCCUCCGAGUGUCUCCACCCAGGCAGCUCCGAAGCAGUCCACUGAAGUCAAAGAGGGAACUCCGUCCGCCGUCGAACCAAAGCCGGAACCUAAGCCGGACGCGACCAAAGUUCCGAACAAACCAGCCGACAAGCAAGACAAGAGCCGGCGCGCCCAGUACCGCAAGGUCAACCGCGGCGACCUCUACGCCAAGAGCCAGCGGUACGACGCGAGGUUCGUGCCGAACAGACACCCGUACCACUACCUGGCCACCGGACCCAUUAAUUAAUCGAUAAUAUAAAACCGAUUUUCGAAACCGCUGCCUCUCGAUACGAAUGCGUACGAUAAACCUUACAAACUAAUUAAUCGAUAAUAUAAAAUCGAUUUCCGAAACCGCUGCAUCUCGAUACGAAUGCGUCCGAUAAACCUUACAACGAACACUCGAUUAUCGAUAGCACGCGUCCGUAUCGAUUAAUUAAAACGAUAACCGACGUCUCAAGUACGACGUAUCGGCGAUCGUUUUUUUAAAAUUCCAUUUC